AUGAAAGCUAGCACGAGCCCCGCACCGUACAAUCCACCCACCCAACUCGGCAUGACCUCGAUGCUUGACAGAUUGUUUACUUGUGAUUUUGCGAACGUGUCGCUACCAAGUAUCCGGGGGCUUGGUCCCUGUGAGCGAUGCGGUGGUCAUUUCUGCUCAACCCAUCACCGCCCGCCAUUUCAUACUUGCGAUCACACACCCCUUCCAGAUGAUUUAUUUGAAGCCAACGUACAUGCUGAAGUGAAGAAUAUUCGUGCCAAAAUCAACGACAAGGCUGUUUGCGAGCGUGCAUCAGAACUAAACGGCGGUGUCCAGUGCCAGAUUGAGCACCCACCAGCAUGGGGACGCGAAUCCCUCAUGGGCUGUGCUAACUAUCAUGCUCGAAUCCGCUUCACCAACAACGGCUCUGUUUGGCUCCUUCGAGUGCCCCGAAUGAAUGGCAGUAUCCCUCAAUCACUUGUCAACUACCUAAUUCGCAGCGAAUACGCGACUCUCAAAUUCCUCGAAACGACCAAAGUACCUGCUCCUCGGGCUUUCGAUUACGGGAUCCUGGGCGAGGACGAAAACCAGGUGGGCGUGAGCUAUAUACUCAUGGAAGAAAUGCCUGGCAAGACUUGGAACCUGCAAGGCCCCGGUGGGAAGCGCUUUGCAGAUGAGAAAGACAAGGAAAGGAUUUGGAACGGCUUGGCAGAUAUCCUGAUUGAGCUCAAACACCAUCCAUUCUCUGAAGCUGGGUCCCUCCUCCCCGGCCCUUCGGCUUCCGAGCCAAUAGUCUCAGCAAUUGCUAGUGAGCGAUUUCUUGUUCUGAGUCCUUCAGGGCCGUUUGAUACAUCCAACGACUAUUACACUUCAUUCGUGGAGCAAAACAUGGCCUUGAUUUCUGAUGGCCAGCUUUUCGCAUCCUUUCCCGCAAAUGCCUAUAUAGUGUUUUCCUACAUGAAAUCUCAGCUAGAGGUCGCGGCAGCGAAACCGAAACAUGAUUCAGUGGAAGCUACAGAGCAAUUCUACCUCAAGCAUGUGGACGAUAAGGGAGAUCACUUGAUGGUGGACGACGAGUUGAAUAUCGUUGGAAUCAUAGAUUGGCAAAUGGCUCGCGUUGUCCCAGCUGACGAAGCAUUUGGGCCGUCUUUGGUGACAGCGGAAAUGGACGGCAAUUACAAUGGAACCUCAUCCUUGACUGUUCAUGAUCUCGUGUUAGCUCGUUUCUUGAAAGCUAAGGGGGCGGCUGAUUUGGCUGACAUUAUGAGCGGGAAUGAAAGACUACGGAGAUUCUUCUUCGGUCUUGAUGUUGAUCUUCCUUGGGAAGAGACGCUGCUACUCAUUCGGGGUAUUUGGGCCGCAUUUGGCGUCGAAAAGGAUACCGAAUGGAGUACUUGGAAAUGGACAUGCUUGAAAAAUACAACCAAGAUGACCGCCUUCAGCACAUCCUGGAUAGAUUUGGAGCAGGCCCGUGACAUAAUGCAAUUAUGCUUGUCUUUGAGAAUGGAUAUCGGAUAUUGUCGUUGUAUGGCUAUGUUCAACUAA